AGAAACUGUCAAAGAUCUGUUAUUAAAACCCGUGCUGUAAGAAAUACACUAGAAAACUCGCAGAGAUAGAAGCAACAGCACAGUACCGUUUUGCUCCUCCCUACAUUGACGUACAAAAUACUGUUAUUUUGUAGACAUUAAAUAAAUAAUAUAGUGUAAGGUUAACUUUAACAUAUAGACUGUGAUAUUUUUUUAAAAUUGUAUUUUAUUUUUAAUUAAACCGGUUUCUUUCUGCACAAUACGGUGCAACGAGCUUUGGAUGAAGUUGCUUGCCUACUGUGCUUGUUUUCAAAGUACUGGUGCAAGUUGAAUGCAGGGGUGGGGCUUCUGCAGUCGGGAGGUGGGCGCAACUAAAUGCUGUUCCUAGCAUUUCAUUUGUGAUCACCGAGUUGAACCACCGGGUUCGGCUGCAUUGUUUAGUACCAGAGCAAAACCCUCUUUUCCAAAACACUGCUCACCCGCUGCCUCCUGCCUCUUGCCUCUGUGCCCAAAGCAGGGAUUUACCGGCUCCGCUGUCCAGCCAAGGGUUCCUCUGCAUUGGUCCACGGCACUCGAGUAAUCUCAAGGAAAGGUUCUGCUAAUGAUGCGCGGAGGAAGAAAAUCUGCGGAGUUUUUCGCUACCUUUACUGCACCAAACUAAACUCCUGCUAUAGUGUCAGCCUUUGGAAGAAAAACAAUUGAAAGGGAAAUCAAAUGAUAUCUUCAUGGACAUCUUCAAGUUUGUGAUUUGAAGCCUAGAGUGAAAAUCUGCCCUGUGAAUGCCAGCUGUGAUACCAGAAUAACUUGUGGGAUCCGCAGGCUAGAACAUCGUUUUCUAGUUACUGUCCUUUCACAGCGCCAGAUAUUGUGUGCUGGGGAGGGUCGGGACACAUUUGAAAGAAGGCAAAUCCUUAAAGAAUGUCUUCAGUUGCUGGACGAGAUAUAGCAGACUACCGUAUAAGUGUGGUUCAAAGUCCGCCCGGAUGGGAGGUAGGGAUUUAUAUUGCUGGUUUCCUGGUGCUACUGGGAGUCGUGGGAUUGAACUUGUGGAAGCUGUGGAGAUCUGGAAGCUAUCCCACCCCCUCGCCUUUCCCAAACUUCGAUUUCAGGUACCUCGAGCAGAAAUAUGGGACUUCCUGCUCCGAGGUCAGACAGAAGAGAGUGGCCGCUUCAAAUCACAAGAAGGCUGCAGAGAAGAUGCCUGCAAGCCGCAAGUCCAGCUUAAGGAUGGAUGACAACUACGAGAGCAUCAACGAGCUGGGCACACUGGAGCUGAACAGAGACAUGGAGCUGACUCCGUACGGGCCGAUGCGCCGGUCCCUCUCCACCGACUCCCUCAGCUCCAUCUCCUCCAUCGGGAACAACUUUGGCCAGGACUUCAGCGUGGGGCAGGUGGAGGUCAACAUGGAGUAUGAGCUACACUCCAGCAGCCUGUACGUCACCCUGGUGCAGGGAAAAGACCUGCUGGAGAAAGAGGAGAUCAACUUCGAGUCCUGCUUCGUGCGCAUCAGCCUGCUUCCCGAUGAGCAGAUCGUGGGGAUCUCCCGGAUACAAAGGAAUGCUUUUUCAGUGCUCUUUGACGAGAAGUUCUCCAUUGCCUUGGACCCCUCUGCCCUGGAAGAGAACAGCCUGCGCUUCUCUGUGUUCGGCGUCGACGAGGACGACAGGAACAUCAGCACAGGGGUGGCAGAGCUGAAGCUGUCUGACUUGGACCUGUCCAUUCGACCUUUCAAUGCCUGGCUCUACUUACAGGAUGUCAAUAAGGCAGUCGACUCGGUGGGUGAAAUCCUGCUCUCGCUAAGCUACUUGCCGACCGCGGAGAGGCUAACAGUCGUGGUGGCCAAAGCCAAAAAUCUGGUGUGGACAAAUGGGAAGAAUAGUGCAGAUCCAUUUGUCAAAGUUUAUGUCCUCCAAGACAACAGAAAAAUUAGCAAGAAGAAGACGGCUGUGAAGAGAGAUGAGAACAAUCCCAUCUUUAAUGAGGCCAUGAUUUUCUCAGUGCCAGCCAUUGUGCUGCAGGACCUGUCACUCAGAGUCACGGUGGCGGAGUACUGUGAAGAUGGCAGAGCUGACAAUAUAGGUCACGUGAUCAUCGGGCCCGAAGCCAGCGGGAUGGGAAUCACCCACUGGAACCAGAUGCUGGUCACUCUGAGGAAGCCUGUUUCCAUGUGGCAUCCACUCCGCAGGAAUUAACAUCCUCUCCACUUCACUCCAAAUAGAAUAUCUUCUUGCAUGGUGCCUAAUUCUUACAAUAAAACUACACUGGUGUACAGGGGGCUAAAAUAAUAAUGUGGAAAAAUAAAAGGCUAUUUUUUCUAAAAUCCUUCUACUCUACUUUUUAUUAUCUUUUGAAGCUAGCAGUAGAUAUUGUGGUGUCUUAAAAAACAAAAAACAAACAAACAGGCUAUAAUGGAGAGUCAGGCAUUUCAUCUGGGACACGAUUCAGUACCAGUAUACUGAUGGCAAGCAGGCAUUUAAAAUAAUAUUGAUUUACUAAUCUAAACAAAGAUAAUACACCUUUUAUCACCUCCAUGUUAUUUACAAUAAAGAGCUGAAUAACUUUGAUUUUGGUACCACUGUUUAUUUAUACGUAGUAAUGCAUUGUUUUGAUAGAAUUGCUAAAUUAAUUCUAAGUAGACUUGCACCUUUUUAGAUGUUUAUUUUUCAGGACCUCACAAGAUACUGUAAAAAGUCAGUCACCUUGUAUAGUAUGCAUUUGACUGGGGUUCUUCAUUGGCACAUCUUGACAAAUAUGUUACUCUAAAAGGGGAGUAGUUUAUUACAGUAUUUUGUGAGCCAGGUGAAAAUUAAAUAUUGAAAAGGAGCCAGUCUAAUUAUAAGCUUGUAUUAACAGAAAAUGGAAAAUAAAACAGUAUCCUCUAUUAGAAAAGGUCUAGAAAAAGUCAUAUCAUAUGACUCUUGAAAGUGUGCAGGAAAAAUAAAUAAAUACAUAGAAAAAUCAGGUACAUUUUAAAACUUGGUUGUGACUUCUACUUUACUUUGUGACGUGCCAAAUCUACCAUGAAUGGAACAACGUUUUAAGAGUGCAUUUUCAUUGCUGAAGGGGGUCAUGGCUAGAUAAUGCUAACUCACACAGGUUUUGAAAUCAAUAAAGAAUCAGAUGUUUGGUUUAACUAAAUUGAUGCACUCAUCAUUAACUUAACAGCUAUUUAAUUAAACUUCAUUUGUUUGACUGAAAUUUUAGAAAAUGUGUUAAAUGUUUUUUUUUCAAAAAGGCAGUUCUUGAUUUAGUGUGAACUGUCCUCUACACAGAUUACUUCAUUUAAUUUGCUACAAAGAAAACAGGCCAUUUAAAAAGGACUAAACAAAAUAUAAGCUGAAAACAAGCACGUCUGUUGGGGCUUGCUGUGUGUACACAGCUGCCUACAGUUUAAUACUGACAUGUUCUGAUUCAAUCCCACAAUGGACAAUUGAAGAAAGCACUGUAGCCUAGUAUGUCACUGAUAUUCUUAUCUUGGUAAUGAUUUCUGGAUUUCCAUUAUCUUGCCCCGAGCCCUUCGUUUCAUGAAUUAGAGAGUAUUAAUAGUUUUUUCGAUGCAUGAAAUUUUGCAGAUUUAUCAAAAUACUUUUAUGGAAUGUGUCACCAAGAAAAUGUUGUGUUGAGUAUUCUUUUAAAUAAAAAAUAUAUAUAUAUAUGAAA